AAAAUAUUUGAUCCAUUUCUUGAUUGAAAACAGGAUUUUCGAUGAAUUAAAGUCAACUAAAGUCAACGUCACUGACAAGUCAUUGAUAAUUGCUUUACCAUUAAUAGUAUUGUUUGUGUCUUCAGAUGUUAUCAACAAUAGUUCCCAAAUUAAAUUAAUGUUAAUAAUAAUAAAAUUAUUUUAUUUAAAAAUUACUGAAAUAAAAGAUUUUAGAAAUGUUUGCUUUUGCUUCAAGAAUUGGCAUCAGAUCUGUGAUGAGACAAUUGGUGCCAAAAUCUCUUAUGAGACCAAUUGACAGACAAUCGUCGAAUUUGCGAUUAUUUUGGACACAAAAUUCAAAAUUAUCACUUUACUCAUCCGACACAUCUCUUAAUCACAAUGACCUCGAAGUUGACACCUUUAAUGUUGAACGACAAGAAUUGAUAGCUUUUGAUGAGACCUAUCGGCGAGUAUUUAAAGAUAUGAUUCCCAACACUAAUGAAUUGGAAUUAAAUGAAUCGUUUCGAUGGAUUGAAAAGGUGGUUGACUACAAUGUUCCGAACGGCAAAAGAAAUCGUGGAUUAGCUCUUGUUAUGUCUUAUAGAAUGUUGGCUCCAAUUGAAGAGCAAACCUCUGAGAAUCUAGAAUUGGCACGAAUUCUUGGAUGGGCUGUUGAACUACUUCAGGCUUACUUCUUGAUUGUCGAUGAUUUGGUGGAUCAGUCUAUCACAAGAAGAGGACAACUCUGUUGGUAUCGACAGGAUGGGGUCGGACUAAUCGCUUGUAACGAUGCAAUAUUAUUAGAGUCGUGUAUUUAUUAUAUAAUAAAACAUCAUUUCAAAGAUAAAUCAUAUUAUAUCGAUAUUUUGGAUCUUAUGCUUGAAACGACUCGUUAUACAUCAUAUGGUCAAUGUUUAGACCUAUUGUCAAACCCUCCAUCAAAAGGAUAUAAAGCUGACUUGAGAUCGUUUACUAUUGAAAGAUAUGCAGCUAUUGUUAAAUAUAAAACUGCAUUUUACUCCUUUUGUCUACCGGUGCGCUUAUCUAUGUUUAUGUCUAACUUGAGUGAUCCCGCAGUACAUACUGAAGCAGAGAAGAUUCUGUUGAAAAUGGGUCACUUCUUUCAAGUACAGGAUGACUAUCUCGACUGUUUUGGUGAUCCACAAGUAAUCGGUAAAGUCGGUACUGACAUACAGGAUGGCAAGUGCUGUUGGCCUGUCAUCACUGCACUUCAAAAUGCUAUUCCAGAACAAAGACAGAUAAUUGAAGAUAAUUAUGGAAUCAACACUUCCGAAGCUGUGGCCAAAGUUAAAGCUAUUUAUAAGGACCUCAAUAUUGAGGAACUCUAUCGAAAGUAUGAAGAUAUGACUUUCGAUGAAAUCUGUCAAUUAAUAGAUGAGUUAACUGUCUCAUCAAAACUACCGAAGAAUAUAUUCUAUGGAUUUUUGUCUAAAAUUCACAGAAGAAUCAAAUAA